AUGGCUGUUCCCGAUGAGCAGGCCGACUACUGGCCCAAUUCUCCAAGCACAUCAUCAUUCCCACCACCAGGAUUGUCAAUCAACAAACUCGCUGCUCUCUACCCUCGAGAACGACUGCUGGUGCAUCCGCUGCGCUGGAGCGACCGACAAGUCGCCCUGCUCAAUUGUCGUAUACAUUAUCGCGGCGACCGAGAUACAGCUAACCAUGGGAACGCCAAUACGAAUACCGACCCACCGCCUCCAAAAUCCCAGCUCGAGCUUUUUCUCGCCGAUCGUCUCAAGUUCCGACUCACACAUGAGGAGUUCAUUGAAACUACCCAAAGGCUUCUCCCGCCGCUUGGCGGUCAAAUCACGAUUGGUGACCAGCGAAUUGCUAGUCUCAACUUCAACCAACGCCCUUGCGCCGGUGUCGUGUACUCUGGCAUUUCGGUCUCGUUCCAGAGCACCACUCGCAAGACUAUCAUGUUCCCAUGCUUCAACCAUGACGAGACUGCUGUGGAAAGAAGAUGCUUCAUCUCUCCUCCGAGUCAUUCGCGUUACGGCAUGAACCUCCCCGGAAUAUCCCGUCUGCACCGCCAUUUAAACCAUCAUCGCCAGAAGGACCCUUUGAAAGACCCAUUCUUGGUUGCUGUCCUCAUUGCUUUCGCACAAGAAAAGCGGCGUCGUGCACCCAAACCAGAACCUCCCUCUUCUAGCUUCCGGGUGGGGACCGGCCAAAGUCAUUGA